GCGCGUUCAAAAGUUCCGGGGAGAGUUUAGCGCCCGAGUCCUGUGUGGGGCGUGGUUCCCGGCGUCUCAUUCGGGGCUGAGUGGCCCUGGGUUCCUGAGGAGACGCCUCCGAGCAAGAGGAUGGCACUCUCAAACACAGUCUCCCAGAAGGCGAAAUUAAAGCGGAAGGCUCCCCGCAGUUUUCUCAAGGGGUUUUUUAAACGACAGAAACCACACCUCCGCCUGGAGGCGCGUGUCGACUUGCUGGUGAGAUUCCAGUUCUCGGGCUGGGAGUGGGAUGGGACAGGGGGUAUUCAUCUGAACUGUUUACUGUUUGUUCAUCGAUUAGCAGAGGAGUCCAGGACAAAUGCUUGUGAGAAUAAAUGUGGAGUCAUUAACAAGGAUCAUGUACUGGCUGCUGCGAAGGUAAUUCUGAAGAAGAGCAGAGGCUAGAAGUCACAGAACAGUGUCUUGAAAUACCCUGUAUUACUUUGGGUGGUAACAGGUCAUAAGAGCAUUUCCUCUAGAUCAGUUUAUAAUAUGGAUUACUAAAACACUGAGUAGUACAACAGAACUUGAUUUGUGUAUUUUGCUGGGAUUUCAGUAUUUCAAGUAAAUGCAUAAGUCUAUGUUGUUACACUUUUGGUUUUAUUCAUUCAUUUUUAGGUGCUCUCUCGUUCUGUUUUAUUGCAAUUGCAAAUGUUUUACAUGCCAAAAAUUAAGUAUAAAGCAGCUUGAAGAGAUGUACUUCUUAGUAGUUAUAUAUAUUUCAGUUUAGGUAUGAUUAUAGAAUUAAUUUGCUCUAAAGAAUAAAGUUAAAUGUAGUUUUAAUUUCAAUGCUAGUUUCUACUUUUUAACUCAGUCUACUUUUGUUUUAUACAAUGGUGAUGGUGUAAUUUUCAUUUGGAAGGUUAUGAACAUCAACCACGUUUUCCAAAAUGUGCGCUAAUAGAAAUUACGGAGCAAUUGACUUAUUUUUUUUUUCAAGUACUAUGAUUUUAAUAGGUGUUUUUAAAAGUGUUGCAUAUUAUCCAAGUUAUUAGUUUUAAUUUAGAAAUAAUUAUAGAUUGCAAAUUGGAGUUACAAUGGCAGCAUACAGAAGUGGUACAUUCCACUUUCUGCAAUGGUUACAUCUUGCAACAUUAUAGCAUUAUAAGAAAUACAGGAAUUUGACAUGUUUAGUAUGUUUGUAGUUACACAUUUUAUCACGUGUGGAUUUCAGGUGAGCAGUAUUACACUCAAUGUGUAUUUAACUGUUUUAUUACCACAGAUACCUCUGUUUUUUUAGUUGCUACUCCCCCAGCAUGUCUCCUGCCCACAUUCCUUAAUCCUUGGUGAACACCAACUUUUCUCUGUCUCUGUAAUUGUGUCAUAUGAAUGAAAACAUGUAAGAAAAGAUCCUUGAAAGUUUGCUGUUUUCCUGCAUAUCUGUCAGAUUAUUUCAUGUAUCAGUAGUUCAUAGUUUUACUAAUAACACGUUUCACAGUAUAUAGAUUGUGUGUAGCACAAGUUGCUUAAUCCCAUUGCACAUUUUUGUUAUUUCCAAUUUUGAUCUAUUAUAAAUAAAAUUAUAAUGAAUAAUUUGUACAGAUUUUUA